CAAGAUUUCUGACCUCGACUCGUCCUCGCGAUCCUCACACCACCUCUCAACAUGGCGGUUCGUAGCGCCUUCCGCCUUCGGCGCGGCGCACCCAUGUCCACCCAAGCGGUGCUUCGGCUCGCUGCGGCGCGCGCGCGCAAGUCACCCGAGCAGAUAGACUAUGAGGCCGCACUGGAGGUCCAAUCCGAGCGGCAAGAAUUGCCCCUCAAGCAUGUUCGCAACUCACAACUGCCGAGUUUGUCCAUGUACAUGGACAGUGUUAAACCAGCUGAGGCCGCAGUAAAGUCUCUGGCCCCUGCUGAGCCUGCGCCUGCCGCUGCCGAGGCUCACGUGCAGGACCUGGGCGUCCCCGAAGCCGGGCCAUCCUCGGCCUCCUCCCCUCCAAAGCCCUCCCUUCCGGUAUCCCCCGCGUCUCGCGCAAAGCCUAGCCGGAAGGGCAAAGAACGUGCGCCGCAGCUUCUUGAUGAGUACGAAGAAACACCGCCCAAACGUCACACGUCUACGGCCCCAUCACAAUCCGCGCCCAAAGGCUCGCCCGUCGUGUCCGCUCGCACACUGGCCCACGCCGCCGCAAGUCGCAAGCUCCCUUCCCUCACCGACCAGCCGCCUGCAGCAGCCGCUUCCAUCUCGAGCAAGCCUGACUCCGGGCCGCGACGUAACCCCGUCGGCGUGCAGCUCCUCUCCUCCCACAUGCACCAGCAGGUGUUCCCCGGUGCUCCACUGCCGCGCCCUCCAGACGCGCUGCUGGAUAUAUCAAAGUGGCACCUUGGGCAGCAUGGGCUGAGCGGCGACGGAGCUGCUGUCUUACCGGAGAUUUCUCUCGACCUCCCGCCACUGGAGGGGAGUAAUGUACGCGAGCACUUUCAUGCGCUGGGCGCAUAUGCCGCCGAGCCAUACCUCUCCCACGCGAAGGAUUUUGUCGCGGCCGACCUUCCCCCUAUGCCACAACGGUGGGAGACCAGCCGACCCGGGUGGACACGGUAUGGCCGUGACGGGAGUGUCACCCCUGUCGACAAUCUCGACGGCGAGACGGCAGUGUCGUUUGACGUCGAGACGCUGUACAAACUUUCGCCGUACCCUGUGAUGGCGACCGCCGCCUCUCCAAACGCAUGGUACUCGUGGCUCUCUCCCAGCGUUUUCGACACCCCGCCCGCGGAGGAACCGCCAGAACGAGAACCGUGGGACAAGAGUACGCCGGACUGCUACCCGCACACGCUCAUCCCACUGUUCAAAGACAACGGGCCGGCGAUCGUCGUUGGCCACAACGUCGGCUACGAUCGCGCGCGCGUCGCGGAUGAAUACGCCCUCGAGCGGACGCCGACACGCUGGCUCGACACGCUAUCGCUGCACGUUGCGACGCGCGGGAUCACUAGCGUCCAGCGCCCGGCGUGGAUGAAGCAUCGCAAGGUCAAGAGAGAGAACGAGUCGCACCGCACCGAAGCGCUCGACCUUCUCAGAGAGCAAGCGGAGCAGACGGGAGACAGUUGGCUCACCGACGGCCUGAACGAGGUGAGCGCGAUCGAUGACACUCCGGGUUCCAACUGGGAGGACACCACCAGCCUAAACUCGCUGGCGGAGGUUGCGGCGCUUCACUGUGGCGUGAGGGUCGAUAAAUCGACGCGCGACCGUUUUGGCGACGAGGAGAUCCGCCAUGCGUCCCAGCUGCGUCCUGAACUGGACGAGCUGCUGGAUUACUGCGCAACCGACGUCAAGGUCACUCAUGACGUGUAUAAAGCUGUGCUGCCGCUUUUCCUCACAUCAUGUCCGCAUCCGGCAACAUUUGCGGGCGUGCUGGCAAUGGGCAACUCAUUCCUCCCCGUCGACCGGAGUUGGGAGGAGUACCUCCGCAAGGCCGAAACGCUGUAUCAGGAGCUCAAGGAGGAUGUGCGCCUGGCGCUCCGCACCCUGGCCGACAGGUUGCGCGCGGCAGGACCAAAUCCAGACGACCCAUGGACAUCACAGCUAGACUGGUCGCCCAAGACGGCGCGAUGGGGCGACGGUGCGCCUCCGAAAGCCGAAAAAGAGGCUCUCGGGACUGAAGUGCCGGCUUGGUACUGUCCCCUGGCGGCUGACCCCAACGUACUCCUCGACAACAAGCACAGGCGACAGCUUCUUCCACUGCUAUUGCGGGUCAAGUACCGCGGCUACCCCGUCUUCUACCUCGCAGAGCAUUAUUGGUGCUUCAAGGCGCCGAUCGAGGACAUCCCGGAUCUCAUGCCGCUGCAUGGCGCUCCAGUCGAGCUAUCAGCGAAGGAUGACAGAUUGGCGGAUCAUCUGGACGCGUCUGUCUUCUUCCGCGUCGUGGGCCCUGACGCAAACCGCCGAGCGCAGCUUCUCGGCAAGACCAGUGCCAAAGAUGUCAGGGAUGGCAUCCUGACGAGCGAGGACCCCGACCUCUUGUCAGCCGCUAUGGAUGGCAACCUAGGUGACAAGUUAGACUCUUUGUUACAGAGCGCUCGGGAAAUGCUCGCGGCGGGCCCGGUUGACGACUGGAGCACGCAGCUCGACUGGACGCCUACCGUUCCGGGUGCGGCGGAGAAAAAGAAGAAGGACAAGGUAGCGUUGGGCACCUGGCCUAAGUGGUACUGGGAUCUGACGGUACCCGCCACAAACAAGAAAGUGCCGGCUGGCCAGCUCGACCUGACGAUGCGCAAGACCAUUGCUCCCUUGUUGCUCCGGAUGCAGUGGCAGGGUUAUCCGCUCGCGUACAGCAAGGAGCACAAGUGGGUCUACCGCGUGCCCCUGGAAGACGUGAGCGACGAGCCCGAGUCGACGCUGUACGCCGAGAAGAAGGUAGUGCUGAGCGACGCGGCGGACGAGCGGCUCGCCGACGACGCCUAUGCCUACUUCCGCAUUCCCCACAAAGAUGGCGAGGGCAGCAACGUCGGGAAUCCGUUAAGCAAGGCAUUCCUGCGGGCUGUCGAGAAUGGCGAUCUGUCGUCCGCGCUGGCCACGGAUGAGGACACGCAAUUAGCCAAUGUGGCCUCACGCGCGGUCAACAUGAACGCGCUGUGCUCUUACUGGAUCUCCUCCCGUGAGCGCAUCAUGAACCAAUUUGUCGUAUUCGACGGCGAGCGCGGCAUGAUCCUGCCCAAGGUGAUCACGAUGGGAACGGUUACGCGGCGCGCGGUCGAGGCGACGUGGCUGACGGCUUCAAACGCAAAGAAGAACCGCGUCGGCUCCGAGCUCAAGAGCAUGGUGCGCGCGCCGCCAGGGUACGCGAUCGUGGGAGCGGACGUCGAUUCAGAGGAGCUGUGGAUCUCAAGCGUGAUGGGAGACAGCCAAUUUGGAGUGCAUGGCGCGACGGCGAUCGGGUGGAUGACGCUCGAAGGCACCAAGAGCGCGGGCACAGACUUGCACAGCAAGACGGCCAAGAUUCUCAAGAUCAGCCGCGACGCAGCCAAGGUGUUCAACUACUCGCGCAUUUACGGCGCGGGCAAGCCGCAUGCGAUCCAGCUCCUGUUGCAGGGCGACGGCAAGCUUACGCGCGAUGCAGCGGAUCAGCUCGCGACAGACCUGUACAAGCAGACCAAGGGGCGCAAGACGUUUGGGCCCAAGGACGCCAACGGAUCGAGCUAUCUGUGGCACGGCGGCUCCGAGUCGUACCUUUUCAACACGCUCGAAUCCAUUGCGCUCAUGGACCGGCCGACGACGCCGGCGCUCGGGUGCGGCGUGACGCGCGCGCUGCGCAAGAGCUUCCUCGCCGUGGGCAACUCGUACCUCCCCAGCCGCAUCAACUGGGUCGUGCAAUCGUCGGGCGUCGACUACCUGCACCUGCUGAUCACGGCCAUGGAAUACCUCAUCGCAAAGUACGGCAUCGCGGCGCGCUACCUGCUCUCGGUGCACGACGAGGUGCGCUACCUCGCGCGCGAAGAAGACAAGCUGCGCACCGCCCUCGCCCUGCAGAUUGCGAAUGUGUGGACGCGCGCCCUCUUCUGCUACAACCUCGGGUUUGACGACAUGCCGCAGGGGAUAGCCUUCUUCUCCGCCGUCGACGUCGACCACGUGCUCCGCAAGGAGACGGAUAUGGCGUGCACGACGCCGAGCAAUCCCAACGCCGUGCCGCCCGGCGAGAGCCUCGACAUUGCUACACUGCUCAAGCGCUGCCCGGACCUCGGGGAGGCGCGGCUGGGGCCGCUGCCGCGUGUCGCGGGUGCGGGCGGCGCGGCGCCCGUCUCCAUCUUCGGCGACCGGAAUAGCGCCGCGCACCAGCGGUACGUCACGGCGCAGGCUGAUGCGCGCGUCGGCCCCGCCAAAGCGUGGCUGGUCGAGCAGCGCAAAGCCGCGGCGAAGGAGCCCAAGUGGCGGGCCAAGCUGUAGAGGUAGCGUCUGCAUCGCUC